AUGUUAAAAACAUCCUCGUCCGCAACAGCAAAUAACAACCAGUCUUCAGCAGGGGAAACAGGGAAGAUUAAGGAUCUUCACCACGCAAGUAGGCUUUUCGUACUGGAGUCGUGUCCCAGAUUCUUGGGGAGUUUGAGCGACUGGGACUUUUAUUAUAUCGACAAAUUUCCUGGAUGUAAUAAAAAUGAGGCACAUCGUGCCCUGAGUUUUGAACUUAGUAUCCUUCUUAAGAAACUACCAAGCGGAGGCUGCUGUUAUUCCAAGGCAAACGCCUUGAAAAAGGCUUUGGAGCGCAAAAUCAAAAGCAUUACCAUACAAGAAGAAAUUGGACGAGCCGAAGAGCAGAUAUCAGAAAAAUCAAAAAAACAUAAAGCAAGCUCGAAAGAAAGUGAGAUACCAUUGACUUCUUUCAGUAACAAUAACAAAGAGGAUUACAACAAGCAAGCGAAUGAUGUUAUAGCUAGUGAUUUGGAUGAUAAAAUGACCGAAUCAAUGGUUGGAAAAGUGGAGAGAACGGCACUGAUUGUGGAGAAUGUCGAUUUGGAAGAAACUUUCGAAUACUACUGUAAUGAAUGCGAAAAAAAUAUUUUUGACGAUAUAAUGGACCUUAGACCUACCUCCCGAUUUACAGAAAAAUUCCCUGAAGAAAUAUGGGAGAAAUUUGUGUCAAAUACGUAUCCUGAAUACGAAAUAUCUAAAACAUGGGAAGAUUUAAUACAAGAUAUCUUUGAGCCAAAAGAGACAUUAGCAGAAUGGUUGGAAGCCUGGCGUGGACUUCGUGUAACUUCUGAUAAAAAAAAAAAAUGUAAUGAAGACCUGGUGAUCAAAGAUGCGAUAUAUAAUAUUCUCGCCCCAUAUAUCGAAGCUUUCCAAGCGCCAUACAAUAUACUAAAAUCAGGUGAUCUCGGAGAAAAUCAAUAUAACGCACACUUUGUAAGUCCGGUACUGAGUAAUACGCUCAAGGUUGUCCUUAAUAUCGAAUGGAGAAUUCUUGAAGUCCCGGUUGAAAGUAGUAAGCACCGACGUAAUGCCAAUAUCAACCCAAUUAUUGACAAAGUAUUGGAAGCAAAACGUGCGGAUGGUCUCGCCCGCCUCUGGCAAAGCCAUGAAGAAGUGUUCAUAUAUGAACAGACGGGUCCUCCAAAUUUCGACGACGUUACUCAACUUUUCAUCCAUGAUUACAAGUUAGUUCGGACCAUGAGGGAUGUAUUAAAUCAGAGAAUAAUACUUCGCCUUAGAGACGGGAUAUCUGAUCACAAAGACCUAGCAAGCUUUGUUGCAUUUGGUCAUCGCAGUGAGAUAUCUUUAUUUUGGUGUACGAUGCACCAAAAAUCAUAUUGUUUUCAGAAAUACGGAAGUUUCAACAUUCCUGCAAUUUGGCAGGAUCUUCCC